AUGCCCAAGCGCCAGAGGGAGAAUGUGGAUUUUGAUAUCCCUCCUGCAAAACGACAACAAGAGGCAGGGAAUGAAUCCGAAUCCCAUGACCGGAUAUCGUCUUUAAGUGAUGAGCUUCUGUUGCAUAUCUUGUCUUUGCUCCCGAUCUCUUCUUUGAAUGUCUGUCAAAGAUUAUCCCGUCGCUUUUUUGCUUUGGGCGGAGACUCGGAACUUUGGAAAAAGCAGUACUAUUCCCAGUGGAUUUCAUUUUCAGAUGAGUCCAAUGAAUCUACCCUUCGUCCAACUGCAAUAGCAGUGAGCCAGUUGGAGCAUGAGCUGGAGAUUGUUGUUGGGUUCGAGACUGGUCGAUUCAAUCGCUAUGUUCUUGACUUGCAGAGCUUUCAAUUAGGGUUACACUCCUCCCAUGUUGGUUUCCGGGACGGAGCUAUUACCGCUAUGGCGUUGUCGUCCCCGUACCUUUUAAUUGUGUCCCAGCACAGAAGUCUGUCACUUUAUAACUUACGAGAGCCCUCUGAUCGAUCUGAAAAAGUCGACGGGGCUAAGAAACUCCAAGAGCUUGCAUCCCUCAAUGCAGACAAUAUUGUCGCUCCCAUGACGCUGUCCCUCCGAGUCGCAGCCUCUGAAAUUGUGGCCACUAUCGUCUAUAGUUUCUUUCACAUUGGGUGUGGAUGGUCUCUGGGCAUUCAAGAACUACGGUUCGACACUGCCGGCCAGCAAUUGGAGUCUCGCCUGGCUAGUACGGUUGAUUCGCAAUACGGGAUCCGACCACUCCCUAAUCGUUUGCCAUUAUCCUCACCGUCUGCACGGCGACGACGCUCUACUGAAGAUGAGCCCGUCAAUAGCCUCAGCUCGGCCACUCCGACCAUGCCAUCUAUUCUUCAUCUUCAGCCGCCGACAUCUAUGUCCUACUCGCACCCAUAUUUGCUGACCUCACAUGCGGAUAAUACCUUGACCAUGUACCUUGUGGUUUCCAAUACCAACCAUCUCUUUGUCCGUGGCGGGCAGCGACUCUGGGGCCACACCUCGUCCGUGUCUGCCGUGCAGGUUACCAACCGCGGGAAAGCUGUGUCAGUCAGCUCACGCGGCGAUGAGAUUCGUAUCUGGGAACUGGAGAUGGCAAUUCCCUCGCUGGGUAGCCACCGCCCAUUGAAGGAGGAGAACAGCAUUCAAGUGACUCCGGAGCCAUCGGAACAGGAAGAAUCAAUCCUCGAUUGCCCAUCCGAGAGGCUGCCAAACGAAAUGGGCAAUUCCCAAAUGGCUCCUGGGACCUCAGAAGAGCUGUCUCGAAUGCAUGGGUGUGUUGGAUUCGACGACGAACGAGUGCUAUUACUUCGCGAAAAGACCGCUGGCACGCAGCUCUUGGAAUGUUACGAUUUCACAUAG